AUGAGUGGCAUCUCAGAUCACGACUACCAGGUUCUGGUCAACGAGUUCAACGCCACGGAUGACAUCUCGUUGCUGGGUAGUCGGUUGGAUCAACUGUUUGAGAAAGUGGUGGAUCGCUUUCCAGACAACAUAGCCGUUAUCCACAACGAGAACGAGGUGACCUUCACAGAACUCAAUACCUCUGCAAACACUCUUUCUCGAGGCCUCGCAAGGCGAGGCUUACAACAGGGCGACGUAGUUGGCCUAGCCGUGUCACGCUCCAUCGACCUUAUUGUUGUCAUGCUGGCUGUGCUCAAGCUGGGCGCCGCUUAUGUUCCGAUCGAUCCGUCAUUCCCCGCCGAACGCAUCAACCAAAUGGUUGAAGAUGCCGGGCUUAAACUUAUUUUGCUCAGCGACAGGCCAACCAAGGGCCUUGCGUGUUGGACAGAUCUAUGCUUGAGCGUUGCUGACGCGAGAGAUGGCUCAAUUACCGAUGCUACCAACCUCGGGACUGAAAUCCAAUCUCGGGAUCUGGCAUAUGUAAUUUAUACAUCUGGCUCGACUGGGCGCCCCAAAGGCGUCGAGAUUAGCCAUGGAGCCGCCGCCAACUUCCUGAGCUCGCUGCGGAAGCAUGAGCCAGGUUGCAACGAGCAUGAUCGACUUCUUGCCAUCACAACUAUAUCCUUCGACAUGUCAGCUCUAGAGCUGUUAUUGCCACUUGUGUCUGGUUCUGCAAUGAUCAUUGCGAAUACAAGUGCGGUCAAGGAUCCGCGAGAGCUCAUUAGCUUAAUGGUGCGCCACAAAGUGACGAUUUUGCAAGCGACACCCGCGACGUGGACGAUGCUUCUAGAGUCUGGCUGGAAAGGAAAUCCGCGGCUCUCCAAAGUCAUUUGUGGCGGGGAACCACUGUCUCGCCAACUUGCAGAUCGCCUGCUCGCCGUUGCUGAUUCCGUAUGGAAUGUGUACGGACCCUCUGAGACGACCUACGGAAGCGUUGGGAGAGUCGGGGAAGGCGAUAUUGUCGUCGGAAAUCCCGUCGCCAACGGUAGGAUAUAUGUCCUCGACGACAACAUGCUACCCGUGCCUAUAGGAUGCGAGGGCGAAGUGUACAUCGGCGGCGGCAGUGUAUCCAAUGGAUACCGGAAUAAAACUGGGCUCACACGCUCUCGCUUUCUAACAAAUCCUUUUCAUGGCGGUGUAUUCUUCCGCACCGGCGACCUGGCUCGGUUUAUAGGGCCGGGAAAGCUGCAAGUCAUAGGCCGCAUAGAUGGGGUGGUCAAGAUCCGCGGCCACCGCAUCGACGUAGGCGAUAUCGAAGCGGUCCUGGUCCAGCAUGUCAAUGUGUCCGAGGCGGUGGUUAUUAGUCGAGAUGAUCGUCUGGUGGCGUAUUGUGUGCUUCAUGCGCCCUGUCACGACGCAACUUCCCUCGGCAGCAUUCUACGCCCGUGGGUUGCUGAACGCCUCCCAGCCUACAUGCUGCCAACGUUUUUUGUACAAAUGGAUGCGUUGCCGUUAUCUCCCAGCGAAAAAGUCAACAGAAAGGCGCUUCCCGAUCCAAUAGAGGCGAUGCAAAAUCAAACCAUGACACAGCCAACCUCUGAGUUGGAGCAGCAAAUACAGGCUAUUUGGUCGGACAUUCUUGGCCACGAUCGCGUUGGGAUAGAAGAUAACUUCUUCAAUAUCGGUGGGGAUUCCGUACGCAUAAUCCGCAUGCAAGCAGCAUUGGAGAACCAGCUGCACCGACCGGUACCAACACCGAAAUUAUUUGAGCACUACACAAUUAAGGCCUUGGCCGCAUACCUUACUGGUACGAGUAAAGACAACAAGCAGGACCUCCAAACAGUGAGCCGGACCUUUGCUGGUAGUCAUGAGGAUAUUGCUAUAGUUUCCAUGGCUUGCCGAUUACCUGGUGGUGUGGCUACGCCAGAGGCCCUCUGGCAGCUAUUACAAAGCGGUGGCGAGACGAUUAUCGAUGUGCCCAAAGACCGUUGGGAUGCAGAUAAACUAUAUAGCGCAGAUCCCAAUAUUGACGGCACUUCAUAUUGCCGCCGGGGUGGCUUCCUCGACUCAAUUUACUCAUACGAUGCCUCCUUCUUCGGCAUAUCACCACGCGAGGCACAGGCAAUGGACCCGACGCACAACCUGAUGUUGGAGCUGUGCUGGGAAGGUUUCGAACGAGCUGGCUAUACGAGAGAUCAGCUGAGUGGUAGCCCAACAGGAGUUUUCCUCGGAGUUAGCAACAACGGGACAACAAAUAGCACACCACCAGACCUCAAGGGAUACUCUAUUACGGGAAGCGCCAGCGCCACCAUGUGUGGCCGUCUGUCCUACACCCUUGGCCUUCAGGGACCAUCUCUAGUUGUCGAUACCGCGUGUUCAUCGUCACUAGUAGCCACGCACCUGGCUUGCAACGCUUUGCGGCAAGGCGAGUGCAGCAUGGCUUUGGCUGGCGGUGUGAGCCUUCUAACCACCCCAGGCAUUCACAUUGAAUUUAGCAAGCUCCGCGGGCUUUCCGCAGACGGCCGCUGCCGAGCCUUUUCGGAUGACACGGACGGCACAGGAUUCAGCGAGGGUGCGGCUAUCAUAGUUCUGAAGCGCCUGUCCGAUGCCCGGCGGGAUGGCGACGAUAUCCACGCCGUGCUUCGUGGUACUGCCGUGAUGCACGGAGGCUCCAGCGCGGGUCUGACGGCACCCAGUGGCCCUGGCCAGGUAGCUCUUAUUCGCAACGCUUUGGCCCGGGCUGCAAUGGAGCCGGGGGACAUCGAUUACAUCGAAGCUCACGGCACUGCUACCAAGCUGGGUGACCCCAUUGAAGCUACCGCCCUGGCUGAAGUCUUUGGUACGGAGCGUUCCGGCUUGGAUCCUCUAAGAAUAGGCUCGGCCAAAUCCAACCUUGGGCACACCCAAGCUGCGGCUGGCGUAGUCGGCUUGUUAAAGGUGGUCUUGUCUAUGAAACAUAAUACCCUCCCCAGAACAUUACACGUCAGCGAGCCCAUGACAGCAGUUGACUGGAAGCGCGCCAACAUGGAGUUGGUGCUGGAAAAUCGACCGUGGCUGCCGAAUAGCAACCGGGCACGCCGGGCUGGUGUGAGCGCGUUCGGUAUUGGUGGUACAAACGCCCACGUUAUUCUUGAAGAGUCACCUACUCCUGCCAUUGAGGAGACUGGCGAUGCCACAUUGCCGUCGCUGCCGGCUACUCUCCCGUUUGUGCUGUCAGGACAAAAUGAUUCUGCUCUCAGGGCACAGGCGGAGAAGCUUCGAUUGCAUAUCAAGAGUGGAGAUGGGAAGGACAGCCGUCUGAGUGAUGUGGCCUACUCACUUGCAACAUCUCGUUCACACCUCCACCGGCGACUGGUAGUGACGGCUGCAGACCAGGCAGAGACGCUGGAAAGGCUUGCAUCUGUCAGCUCAGGCUCUAUCAACUCCUUGAACAUGAACGAGGUCGGAAGUCCAACAUUGGCAAUGCUCUUCACAGGGCAAGGAAGUCAACUGCCAGGAAUGGGCAAGGAUCUGUAUGCCGUCUAUCCCGUUUUCCGCGAUGCACUAGACGAAAUUGCUGCGAGAUUCACAGACCUGGAGCUGCCCCUUCUUGAUAUCAUGUGGGCCGAGUCAGGAAGCCAGAGUGCUGCCUUGCUAAGCCGUACCGACUUUGCCCAGCCUGCCCUGUUUGCUCUGGAAGUAUCCCUCUGGAAACUGUGGCAGAGUUGGGGCGUGAAGCCUGAUUUCCUACUUGGCCACAGCGUGGGGGAGCUUGCCGCAGCUCAUGUAGCAGGAGUUUUGGACUUGUCCGAUGCUUGCCGACUUGUCAUGACGCGCGGUCGCUUGAUGCAGGCUAUUCCUCGUCAUGGGAAGAUGGCAUCGUUGGAAGCUAGCAGCGCCGAGGUCACAGCCGCAAUUCAAGAACUGAAACAGCAUGACAGGGUUGAAAUCGCUGGCUACAACACGCCCUCUCAGACUGUUAUAUCAGGAGACGUCGAGGCUGUUGAGGCCAUUUUAGUUCACAUGGCAGGCUUAGGCCGCAAGACCAAGUUGCUUGAUACCAGCCAUGCCUUCCACUCAUUCCACAUGAACGGUAUGCUGGAUGACUUUAAGACUGUGGCCCAAAAUAUCCGGUUCAGCUCACCGAAAACCCGGAUAAUCAGCAGCAUGACUGGGAGAUUAGCCGAGGCGGGUGAGCUUGAACGACCCGAGUAUUGGGUUCAGCAGGCUCGCAAUCCUGUUCGGUUUAGCGACGCCUUCCAAAAGCUGGCCAGCCAAGGCGCAAAUGUCUUUCUCGAACUUGGACCCAGUUCAAUGCUUUGCGGCCUGGGUGCGGCGUGUCUCGCCGAUCCUUCUCAAGUGAGCGCUGCUCUCUGGCUGCCCUCUUUGAAGCCAAACAUGGAUGGACCGUCGGUUAUCCAAAAUAGCCUUGGCGAGCUACACGUCCGCCAUGUGCCGGUGAAUUGGGCUGCAUACUUUGAGCCUUUUGAUUGCAAAAGAGUGAUACUCCCCACCUAUGCCUUCCAGCGGGAGAAUUUCCGGCCCACAAACAAAGCCGGUUGGUUUGGUGUCAUCUCACCCAGCACUGGGGUUGAUGAUGCCGUGCCGAGAGUGGAAGACAUGAUGUUUGAAAUCAACUGGCGUCGAGUUGAAACGAAAAAUAUCCAGCCCCGCGGUGCGUGGGGUCUUUUCUGCCCGUCCGGAGAGACUCUGUGGACGAAAGAGGCACAAAGGGCCUUAUCAGCCGCAGGUAUUCAGUUGGUGCCAGUUAGCAGGCUUCAGGAGGCCGACCAGCUUGACGGCUUGCUCUCUCUGUGGGACUCUGACGCCGACACUGUCCAGAUGGCACACAACUUCACCGCAUUAGCACUGGCUCAGCUGCACGAGGCAAUCCGAACUGGCUUUGCCGUGCCAAUGGUAUGGGUCACCCGUCAUGCCGUGGGUGCCGGAGCCGAUGACCGGCCCGUUAGCAUCGGAGCCGGACCGUUGUGGGGCCUCAUGCGCGCCGCUCGGAGCGAGCAUCCGGAGCUGCGUCUGCGCUUGAUCGACGACGAUGAAGAGACGAAGUGCGCCACCCUCAGCCUAGCGCUUAUGCUGGCUGAUCUGACAGAACUUGCUGUCCGCAGAGAACAGCUGCUCAUGCCACAUAUGGAGCGCGCUAGCCGGGCCGCACCGCCGCCAGUCGGACAACCAUUCGUUCGAGCCGGCGGCGCUGUGUUGGUUACGGGCGGCCUGGGUGAUCUUGGAAGCCUCGUAGCCCGUAGACUGGCCACCGCCCACGGUGUUUGUGACCUUGUUCUGGUGUCGCGGCAGGGCACAAAUUCUCCCGGUGCUGACGGACUCGUGGCCGAGCUUGCCGAACUGGGUGCCAAAGCCACCAUAGUUGGCUGCGACUUGGCAGAUCUUGAUAGUCUCGGAUCAGUCAUGCAGUUAUUUACGCCGGAUCGACCCUUGCGCGGCGUGAUUCAUGCUGCUGGGGUUGUCGAUUCGGGUACUCUAUCGUCCUUGACGCCUCACAAGUGUGCGACGGUUUUCGCGCCAAAAGUGGACGGCCUAUGGAAUCUGCACCAACUCACCAAGGACAUGGAUUUAGAUCUGUUCAUGAUGUUUUCCUCUAUAUCCGGUGUCAUAGGCCUGCCGGGUCUAGCAAACUACGCCGCCGCCAACUCCUUUAUUGACUCGCUCGCAUACCUGCGACGUGCCCAGGGCCUGCCAGCCAGCUCGGUGGCCUACGGUACGUGGGCUGGAGACGGCAUGGCGACCACUCUCGUCCCAACCACCCGUGCCCAUCUCUCGCAGCUUGGACUAGGCUUCCUCCCACCGGAAGCUGGAUUGGAGAUUUUCGAGCAAGCUGUUCGUCAAGGCCGCGCCCUGACUGUAGCUGCGGUCCUUGAUUUACAGCGCCUCAAGGCCUAUUAUGAAGAACAAGGCGGUGUUUCUCCAUUGUUGCACUCGAUGCUGGGCGAAACAAAGGUCCGGAAGCCGGUCAAUGAGGCCGUCAACUUGCGCGAAGUGUUGGCGGACGCUGCUCCUGAACAGCAUGACAGCAUCGUCUUGCACAUGGUCCAAGCAACGAUAGCCAAGGCAUUAGGGUACACCAAGACUGAGGAUGUCGAUGCCAGUCGACCUCUGCAGGAAUUAGGAAUUGACUCCCUGACAGCAAUCCUGACUCGCAACCAUCUAGCGACGUUAACAGGAAUGGCAUUACCACCCAAUAUUGCCCUGCUUUACCCCAAUCUGAAGUCGCUGAGCGAGUUCCUGUUGUGCCGGCUGCUUGGCGAGGUCGAGAGCAGCGCAUCCAGUCCAUCAGAGACCGAUGGUGCGACAUCAAGCACGCCGACGUCGGCUGCUUCUUAUGUCGACAUGGCCGACAUCCGGAGGGGCGUUCUUGAUUCCACAUUCCAGUUCGACAACGCUGCUUCUUCUGGUGUCCCCGAGGCUGUUUUCGUGACUGGCGCAACCGGCUUUGUUGGCGCAUUCAUGGCCCACGAGUUUCUCAAAAGAGGCAUUUCGGCGUACUGUCUCGUGCGUGCCAGCGGCUUCCAAGAGGCGCAGGAACGCAUGAUCAAGACGCUGAAACAAUACAGCCUCUGGCGGCCCGAGUACGAGCCACUGCUUGUAGCGGUGGCCGGUGAUCUCUCCCAGCCCCUACUCGGCCUUGACGAGGUUGUCUUCGACGACUUGGCGAACCGUGCUGACGCCAUUCUUCACUCUGGAGCUCUUGUCGACUGGAUGCGCCCGUUGGAAGACUACAUCGGCCCCAACGUCCUCGGCACCCACGAGGUCCUCCGUCUCGCAUCUUGCGGCCGCGGCAAGGCAGUCCAUUUCAUCUCCACCAUUUCCACGCUGCCGAUCCAUGCUGGCUACGGCCUUGCCGAGCACGACAGAGAGCACGGCUACGGCACCUCCAAGUACCUCGCUGAAAGAAUGAUUGUGGCGGCCCGUUUCCGCGGCGCCAAAGCAUCGUCCUAUCGCUUGCCCUUUGUCGCUGCGUCGGCUGCCAGUGGCCAUUUCAGACUUGAUCGUGGUGACUUUUUGAACAACCUCGUUACUGGAAGUCUGGAGCUGGGUGCUUUUCCCGUGAUAAAUGCCGACCUGUCCUCCGUGCUGCCGGUUGAUUAUCUGUGCGGGACUAUUGCCGCCAUCAUGACCGAGGACCAGGGGCGCGUUGGCGAGGACUAUGACUUUGCAAACCCACAGGCACCCACGUUUAAGCACUUCUUUGCAUUGAUGUGCGCCGUUGGUGGUAGCAAAGAGAUGCUCCCUUUCGGUGAGUGGCACCGCCGCGCACUCGAGUACGCGGCCGCCCACCCAAAGAGUCCGCUGGCCCGUAUUACCACCGUUAUUGACGGCUACACCGAUGAAACUGCAGGUAGCUUGAUGAGUGGGAGUCCAGUCGGCAAGCAUGUAUUAGGGCUGGAUGCCUAUCAGGCCCCGCCGUUGGAUGAGGAAUACGUCCGCAGGUAUGUGUAUUGCAUUGAGGCUGCGAGGGCGAAAACGCGUACAUGA